GACCUGACCCCAGGGGCAUAUGGCUACAGGAUAUCCAAUCCACCCUUUUUACUCUGUGCUGCAAUGGAAGCCAGUUUAAAUAUCUUUGACAAAACCAACAUGGAGGAUCUUCGUGCCAAGUCCAAGCUGCUGACGGGAUAUCUGGAACUGCUACUCCAGCGCCUCUACCCCAAGCCUAAAGAUGGCUGCCAGAAUUCAGGUCAGAAGCCCUAUGUGGAGAUACUGACACCAGCAGAUCCUGAGCAGCGAGGUUGUCAGCUCUCUCUGGCUUUCUCAUGUUCCAUAGAGGCCAUGUUCAAGGAACUGACCAAACGAGGAGUGGUGUGUGAUGAACGCAAGCCCAACGUCAUUCGUAUCGCUCCUGUUCAUCUUUACAACUCAUUUCAAGAUGUCCAUAAGUUUAUUACAUACUUGGGUCAGGCUCUCCAUGCGGCUCACCUGAACUAAUGAACAGCAUUCUGGGAAGAUUUUCCGAAAACUUGGGACAGGAUCAUCUUGUAUCAUAAUUGGAUAAUGCCCCCUAUUGGGUAUAAGUUGUGCAUAAUUUGGGGUCAUCUUGUCCUGAUUCACAUUAAGAUGAAUUAAUGGCCUCUUUUAGGUAUUUAAAAUGCCAUAGGUUAUUUAUUCACGAAAUUUAAACAAUUUAUAUGUCAUAUUAUAUAAUAUUGAUUUUUACUUCUGAGUAAAGAAGGAAAGCAGAUGGAUGCAGAGAUUGAGAAGGGAAACAGAUUGUUGAAAUAUGAUGGAUUGUUUUCAGGAUCAGCCAUUUGCAUAAAAUGUGUCAUAGUAAAGCAGGCAGUGGGAUCUACUUAUAAACAUUGUAUAACCUUUUUUUCUCUAGUAUCUAUUUUUCCACAUUGAUUUGUGAGAAAUGUUUUAUUAAUUUAUUUAUCUUUUUAAGUGAUUAAUUAAAAUGUAUUUAUGGUAAAGUGGAGUGAUGGAUAUUGACCUAUUUCCAAGAGAAGAUUAAACAGUUGCAUACAGAGAUUAUAUUUUGGUCCAUUUUUUGAGAGAUUUUGAUGUCAAUAUUGAUCAUGAAUCUAGUAACAUUAUGUAUAAUCUAAAAAUUAUACAGUCAGCCAAAUCUCUGAUGUUGCUAUGUUUUAAAAAUGUCUGUACAAUGCUGUUUUGUUUUGAUAUAAAAUGCCGUAUAUGAAC